AUGGCGGAAUCUGUUCUUGCCCUGGAACAGUGUCUAAUUGCUACAAGAGGUAAGGUGGAACGCAUCCGGCGUUCAAUCGAAACCGCGAACCAGGAUCACGAUAAAGCGCUAGUUGGUAAGGCUCAGGGGGCCAUAGAUCAACAAACACUGAAUGACAACAAUUACGAUGGAGCGUGGAGGAUUUUGGCGAAGAAAUUCGAAAAUCUCCGAACGGUGGUCCAAGGCCAUAUCACUCAACUACUGGCAGUGAAACCCAUGGCGAGGGAGAGCCAUCUGGAACUGAAGGCCCUACUUGACGGUGUGGAGAAACGAUUGGAGUCUCUUGCAUUCCACAACCUUAAGAUGGAAGACAAGUUGUCCGAAUCGAUACUCGUGAAUCUGGUCAUCUCCAGAUUAGAUGCUGAAACACGCAGGGCAUGGGAGGCCACUGUGGAACAUGGACAGCUGCCUGAAUAUGAGGAAACCAUGAAGUUUUUGCGGGAACGCUGCUACAUGUUAGAGCGGUGUGAGCCAUCUGCAAAUCCGCCUAAGACCAAACACUUGACGAACCAACGAUGUGGUGUUCUGCCGACAAUGAGCAAGGUGCAUGCGGCUACUGUUCCUCAGAUGAAUUGCUGUCCCAUUUGCAAUGAUGAGCACUCGGUUGAAAUUUGCGAGGUGUUCAAAAAGAUGACCGUGAACAGUCGUUAUGCCAAGGCUAAGCAGCUUGGUCUAUGCUUUUUGUGUUUGAAGCGAGGACAUCGCACGGCAAAUUGCAAGGCCGACGGAAGUAAGUGGUGCGGCUGCAGGAAUAAGCAUCACAGCUUGAUGCAUCCGAAGGACAAGGUCGAGAACAAGGAUGGAGCGGUGGACAAGGUCGAAGCGGUUCCUAUUGCUGACGCUUCUGGGAGUGUUCAAGUUCCACGCACUGUGGCGAAAUGUGAAGUUUCCACUACCACUGCCGUAGCAGCGAAACAGGUAUUGCUGGCGACUGCAAUCGUGAACGUGAUCGAUGCUGGAGGGACAACCAUAAGUGCCGUACAUUACUCGACUCCGGCACAAUGGCAAAUUUUAUUUCAGAGAGGAUGA